CCUCAUGCGAGACGUGUUUGCAAGCUUGGCGGUGAUGGUGACGGUGUUGGAUGCAGGAGAAAGGGCCAUUAAUGGCAGGAAGUGCAGCCAGAGCAUGUAAUGACUGUAUUUGGAUUUUUUUUAAUUCUCGGAUCAGAUUAGGUUAUUAGCACUUCCUCCUUUGAUUUAUCGUCAGCCAUUUUUGCUCAAAGAUGAAAGGUAUCCUUGUGCGGAUGCUCAGCAUCACUCAUGUAACCAUUUUCCUUACGAAUGGGAAGUUACACCCUCUGGUUUUGGGCAAAAUGUCAGUAGUUGGGAUGGAUAUCCACAAUAUGUACAUGUAUAUGCUUGUUCGAAUCAUAUUCAUAUAUCAAAACAAAUGUCUUCUUGGAGAGAAACCAUAGCUCAACUCCCAAAUCUACUGAAUUCUGCACUCUGUAUAUACAUUCAGUUUUCGGUGUUUGUGUAGUGAUAUCUGUAAACCUACAAUGGCAAAGCGUAGGGGUAGCAGUUCUGAACAGGCUGGGUUGCGGGUUUAGAAAUUUAUAUCACUCCUUGAACAUAUGACAAUAACAUGUCGCCCAGUCUCCAUGAAAUUUCGAUCUUCUGUCAGAUAUGGAGUUUGGGAAAUGGAUAACAUGGCUGGGAGAAUUUAUAGCUGAUCACUUGGUUUUAACUCUUGCACAGUAUGAGGGAGUUUUUCUUACUGGUUUAGUCUUAGGCCAGUCAGUCAAGUCGACUUUUUCUAUGGCGGAAAUUUGGUUUUUGCACAUAAUGGGCCAACAGUUGAGGGGAACUUCAAAUAUCAUGUUUAGCUUACUGAAUGUGGCUGUGGCAUCAAACCCUUGUUCAAUUCAAAGAGAGAAGAUUUUCUUCCAAUGUUUCAGAUCUGGGACAGGCGAUAGCCAAUUGAAGGAGACGACAAGGGUGGUCAGUUCCAUUAGUUGUGUUUGGGCACAUGCAUAAGGUACUGCAGUCAGGGAAGGGGAGCCCGAAAAUGAUUUGACAAGAAGGCCAUAUAUUCGAACAGUGCAAUAGUUCCAAGGGUUUAACGGAACAAAAGUUGAUGAUCAAGGUCAUAGCCUGAGAGGUUUCUUGAGAAAUGAAAAAAGGAUUACUGCAGAGCGAGAGUUUUCGGUUUUGAUGGAGAUUUUAGACGGAAGAGUCGAGAAAAUAGCAGAAUCUUGGGUGCGGAUGAAUGAAUGGAAGUAAUGCCAGAAUCGUGGAGGAGGAUACAUGUCUGUUUAAACUGUUAAUAUGAUGAACUCAGAGUUUUUGUGUUUCCAGGGGAAGAGAAGAAGGAAAGAUACAGAAGAUGGAAUCGGCAGCGAGUGCUGAGGAGGGAAGGAAGGAGCAGUUUCCGGUGGGUAUGCGUGUUCUUGCCGUCGAUGAUAAUCCAACCUGCCUUCGUAAACUAGAGGAGUUGCUGCUUAGCUGCAAAUAUCAUGUGACGACAACAAAAGAGGCUAAGGCUGCUCUUGAAAUGCUGAGGGAGGAGAGCAACAAGUUUGAUCUGGUGAUAAGCGAUGUGGAGAUGCCUGACAUGGAUGGCUUUAAGCUGCUUGAACUUGUCGCCCUUGAAAUGAACCUUCCUGUCAUCAUGUUGUCAGCUCAUAGUGACUAUGACCACGUCAUGAAAGGCAUUACUCACGGUGCCUGUGAUUAUCUGAUCAAACCCGUCGGUCUGAAGGAGCUCCGUAAUAUCUGGCAACAUGUUGUCAGGAAUAACAUUCAGCCAUAUGCGAGGAACAACGCUGUUGGGCCUUCACGUCAACUCCUCCCUCCUCCUGACGCUCACCAGGCCUCGAAAGUCAAUAAGAAACGCAAAGACACAAGUCAAGACAACAUUGAUGAUGGCGAUGAUGAGGACAAUGACAGUGAUGGAGAAAAUGAAGGUGGAGAGGGGAGUGACCAUGACAUGGAUGAGUCUAGUUCCCGGAAGAAGCCUCGUGUCGUGUGGGCAUCUGAGCUCCACCAGAAGUUUGUCGCCGCCGUUACACAGUUGGGCCCUGACAAGGCUGUUCCAAAGAAAAUCCUUGAUCUCAUGAAUGUAGAAGGUCUGACUAGGGAAAAUGUAGCCAGCCAUUUGCAGAAGUACAGACUUUACUUGAAAAAGAUGGACGAAGCUCAUCUGCACCGUCAUAUGUCUUCAACUGCAUAUGGGACGAAAGAUCCCUCUUGCUUGCACAUGGCUCAACUUGAUGGAUUCAAAGAUUUUCACGGCUUGACUGCCACAAGACAACUGCCGAUCUCAACACUCUUAUCCCGUCCUCAUGCUCCAAUUGUCACCAGACUCAAUUCCCCAACUCGGUCAUUGAUAAACCUUCAGGGAAUUGCCUCCCCCAGCUUUGUUCAACCAGGGCAUUACCAGAACUCAAGCAACUCAACAAACAUGUCUGGAAAGUACCACUCACCCCUAUUAUCCGGAGUUCAGAACGUGAAUUCCUUUCAACGAACGACACCUCAGCUAGAACCCAACCUUUUUCUUGGAAGCAAGGGCCCUGCAUACGUGGGAGAUUCCAAAAUCAUAGGUGACCGGUCAAUCUGCAGCGGUUUCCUGGAUUCUCGGGCAUCAUUUGGCGGCAGCUCUAGCCCUUCUCUGGCCAAUGCUUCUACUAACUCUCUGAUGUUACAGGCGAAGUAUCAACAGCCCCUGCAUAAGAUCUUGUCUGGAAAUGAAUCUUCUCUCCUGGGAGCUCCAUCCGAUUUUAGUUCCCUCAACUUCAGCAUGCCUGGCUCCUCUAGCUUUCCUAAUCACAGCGGAUGCAGUACCGGUUGGCAAGGGAAUGAUAAAACACCCAAAUUCCCGUUGAAUUCUUUGCAGAUAAACCAUUCUUUCAGUCGAGAUGAUAAGCUGGCUGAUAAUAACUUUAGCGGCAUUGCUGGGAAUGGUCCAGCGGACAUCAACUCGUUCAUCUUUGCGGAGAAUCAUGGAGGAGAGAUGCAAUGCCAGAGUCACCUGAACACCUCAGGCCAACAAAACUGGGAGGAACAGAGACGGGAUUGCAUCCACGUGUUGAAUAAUUCGUUCGGUAACAUGGACGGCCUGGUCCCGGCCAAUGAAAUGGUUAUGGACAUGAUAAACGCAGUCGGAAACAAAGGCUUGGAUGGUUCUUCUGUGAUGAGCGAAAUAGAUGGUGGUGUAAUACUCAACAGGGAACAAGCCAAUGUGGGAAAACCGGCAAGAUUGGAACCAGAAAUGAGAAAAGGCUACAGCUUGGAGCAAACCAAGUCUGAAAAUGGUUUUAUCAAUGAUCAGCCCGACACAUUCGAUGACAUGAUGAACGAGAUGAUGAAACAGGAUGAGCCGAUGGCUGCUGACUUUGGGAUUGAUUCAUUCCAUCUGCCGUAGGUAUCUUUGCCCAUUUGACACAGCGGUUAGAUAGACACAUAGAAAUUAGGACCAGAUGCAGAUGGAGGCACCCUUUUAGAUAAUGCUCUGUUAGAAACUUCGCCGGUUGGAUUCCAAACUGUUUCUUCUUGGGUGGAGAUUCUUUCAUUGUCCCCACAAUUUGAAAGAUUAAAAAAACAAAAAUACAAAACACUGUCUUUCUCUACUAAUACCAACUUCUUCCACUUCUUGAAGCAUGAUAGAAAAAAAAGACAUACUGUGAUCUACAUAAAGGAUUUUCGGGUUUGGUAACCAA